ACAACUUGAAACUUGCGCUUUUCAUAGGAGUAUGUUCUCUGGUCAGCAUAGAGAUAUUUGCUCUGACCGAGGGUGUGAAAACUGUCGGGAAUUAUCUGAAAACGUAAGCAGACAUAUCAGAAGGUCAAUAUCUCACCGCACGUGUCGUGCGUAGGACUAGGAUAUGAUAUAUGUGAUGCUCUGAGUUUGAUUUGCAACUUAACCUAACUAAUUUGCUUUGACCUGAGUACAUCAUUAUCGGUCAGUACCCUGGGUCUUCCGUAACUUUAGAAUGCUCUGGGGACUUUUCAAACUAGCGUUUCUAUCUUCGUUCUUAUUGAUCUGUAAGGAUUUACUGGUUAUUCCCAUUUUGGGAACUUUAGGUAAAUUUUGGGGUUUUCCCCAAAGUCAUACUAAAUAUGGUAGUUCUCCCUAGAGUUUAGAGAAAACCUCUAAAGAUUUAUAGGGUUCUAGGGAAGUAUUGUGGGGAACUCAAGAUUCCCCCAAACAUUUUGGGGAUUUCCCCAAACCUGGUGAAGUUUUGGUGUUUUUGUGUCAUUUCCCCAAAGCUUUUUAUAGCUAUUUCCCCACAUUAGGGAAGUUAGCAUAUUUCGAACUAUCCAAACAUUUUAGUGUAGUUUUCUCAUAUUUUCCACGGUUUAUACGAUGACAUCAAAGUAAAUCAAAACCAUCCACAAUCCCACAAUGUAGGAUUGUGUCACAGGAUGAUUAACCGCCUAUUAACUCCUACGAGCUCCAAUUACUGUACAUGUUAGUGUUAAAAGUUCCACCCUCUAUUAUUACUUAGAAGUUUACUUCAGCUGUUUUAUAACAAACCCGGUCUCAAUAUAGACCACUCGUUCACUUCACUCACGAGGUGUCUAUAGGUUUAUUAUUAAUACCAUGAAUUUUUAUAUGAAGCUUCACUUUGUUUACUGAUAAUAGUAACAAUUAGUAAUCAUAGAUUAUCAGGUAUUCCAUUUGAGAUAGGUUAGGCGUUAAAAAACUACUUUCAUAUAGCCAACGAGAAGUUCGCAACUUACUCAACUCCCCAUAUAUGUAUGGACUCGUAUCACAUGGCUUAAUAAAGCUAUAUUUAGUUGUUAUUUCUGGACAAUGAGAUACUCUAACUACUCUCGAAUCUCCUAAUGGUUCAUUCGUUGCCGCAGAAUACGGACUGGUUCCCAGUCUGAAGAUAUUACGUCACUCUUUAAAUACUACAAAAUGACAGAGGAGAUGCCCAUCCAUGAUGCGGAGAACCGAUGAGUGUCAAAGUCCCUUAUACCUCUGACAAAUGUGGCUAUUAAUGCUAAGUAACAAUCAUUUGUCUUUUGAAGGAAAUACGUGACUUACCAAGUUUUGGAUGACAAUACCUUUCAUUCCUGAUGAGUGCUACAUAACUUACGAUAUUCAUACUAUGGCUCUUCGUGAACUCAAGAACAUAAAUAUGAUGAACUUCGGAUUCUUAUCUUUUGUAAAGGUAUCACAUGUCACCGUCUGGAAGAGUCAAUUACAUCACUGCAACGUCCAUAAAAAUAACUUUUUUACUGAUUUGAACACAUUGGUACAAGUAGUCACACAACUAGGUGAGAUUGUGAAAGAGUGGAGGAAGAGGGCUGAGUACAGUCAAGUGAAAAAAAUGAACAGAAACAAGAAAAUGAAAAUAGACUAUGACAAGCAAAAAUCAGUCUUUAAUGUUUCGGGCCACUAAGCCAAGUCGUCUUUAGGACCUUAACCAGUUCUAUACUGGUAGUAAACUGUGUGUAGUUUUACUGAAUGUCGUUCCUAACGUAAUCUUAGAAACUUGUGUAAUUGAUAUACCGAAUAGACAAGUGCUUUGUUCCCAUGUUUUAGUGUCUUUAUACUAUGGGUAAUUAUUUCCAUCAUGGAUAUGCUUAGGGAAAUAACAUUCAUUUAAGUCAGACGUUAUCAAUCCAGAACACAGCACAGGUGUGCUUUGGCCCAAGUUGCAAUUACCACAUUUACUCGGCAAAAUGAAACUAACAAAGUAGAUAGCAAAGGCUAUCUGGAUAAUAUAGCAUCAAUAACAACGAGCAGGACUGAGUAUUGAAAGUGUGGUUCGCAAAGACAAAGUGGAAAAGUUUGUAUAAAGGAAUACUGAAAUUCAAAAUCAUGAAAAAGAUAGGUGGAUUUAUCGGCACCAUUGUUAACGAUUCUGAGUAAUGUCGCUCAAAGUCUCCAGCCACCAUUUACGGCUGUUGCGCAGACCCCAAACAGGUAAACCUCACCGGUUACCAUGGGACUGCAUUUCCUGAUGUUGCUCCACUGCCUUGUGGAUUAGACCUUCAGGUCGAAGGCUCUGGGUGUGACCCCUUAAGGAAACCACUUGCUUAGGUUUGAUCACCCGGUCAGUAUCCUAUUCCUGACAUAAAUCGAAUGAUUUAUAUGGCGCAUGUCUAUUUGGUGCGUUCUUGUACCCAUGUUUGUGUGUUUAAAUAAAUAAAUAAUAAGCAGUACAAAUUUAUAACAGUUCGGUCGGUAAGAUUCUGAACCUUCAUCGACUGGAAUAGUUUUGAAACAUAUUACUGAUCUCUGGUCAUCUUCCACCUUUACGUGUUAUUGUUACUAAGAUAUAAGUGGAUUAGGAAAAAGCAAAGAGCAACUUGUCUUACCUCACUAGUUAAUGCGCAGUUUUUGUUGUUCCUAGGUUAGUUAACUAACUAACUUGUAAAGUCGUUUAUUCCUCAGUUACAGCUAUGAUGUAUCUUAACUGUUAAUUUAGGAUUAAUUUUAUUGUUUCCUUAACAAAAAACUGUAGUGGUAAAAACAUCAAAACUUUUAUUUUGGAAGGACAUCAUUGUCAAACUCUGCCACUGAAUGACUCGCGUUUUAUCACUUGUCCUGGUAUGGUUAUUUUCACAGAAUCAGCUUGAUAAUCAAACCCGAUUUGUUCGUUGAUGGAUCGUCUGCUUAUGAUUAUUGUGAUUCACAGUUGCUUUACUAAUUUCGCUUUGUUCUUGACUUUUCCUUUAUUUAGGUUCACUGUACUUGCAUUUCCAAUAUCAAACGGUCAAAGCCAUCGUCUGAUACUAGCACACCUGUCGAUCAAAAGAAAAAGCGCCUGCAUAAUAAUAGCUCUCCAGUUUCUAUGGAAAAGAAAAACUGCAUUGAUACAUUUACUUCUUGGUCAAAUGGAGACCAAGUCGACUUCAUUUGCAACCUGUUGUCGAAAAUUUCUCACUUUCAACAAAGUCAGAUCAAUGAUUUCCUAGAACCUCUCCUAAAGCGUGAUUUUAUUGUUGCGCUCCAAAAUCGCGGUGUUCCUUAUCUUGCUGAAAUGAUUUUAGUCCAGCUAGAUGCAUCUAGUCUUCUUUCAGUUGAACUCGCUUCUAGAGGAUGGCAGUGGAGUGUUGCAAAGUAUCAACUGUGGCGUCGUCUACUAGCUUGUCGUGUAGCUACUGAUCCAGUUUGGCAUGGGCUGUGUGAACGUAGAGGAUGGAUUGAAUUUAUUGACCACUCUGAUCCAGCUUAUUUACCUGCAUUGCUCGAGCGACGUCGGGUCCCCAUAGGUGUUAGGCACAAACUAACCGAAUUCUCCCCAUUCCUUGAUAGUAAUUCUUGCAUGGAAUGUGAAGCAUCAAAACUUUCUCCGAAACUAGAAUCAACUGUUAGUGUAAAUCGUCAGCAAUCUCUAGUAUGCCAGUGUCAUUCAGACAUUCAACAUUCCUUAAUAUAUCCUACUGAUACACACUCCUACGUAUCGAGAACUCAAAGUAUCCCAUUUUCAAGAGAUUCUACAACUGAUGCAUCCAACACACCUAGUUGUUCUUUAAGCCCAUAUAAUGCGAAUGAUGGAUUAAAUCAUCGGCUUGUGAGUGCAACUUCUUUUUCCAUGGAGACAGAUCUACAUGAUGCACUCUCUUACGAAACAGUUAUGUUUGCCCAUCGCUUCUACAAACAACUUUAUCCUCGCAUAAUUCGUGAUAUAGCACGCGUCGAAGAUAACUGGACCCGUGGUCAGUAUCAUUUAACUCGGAUACCAUGUCGAAGCGAUGUCACAAAAGGCGUUUAUUGUCUUCAGUAUGAUAAGCAUAAAAUUGUUAGCGGUCUAAGAGAUGAUACUAUUAAGGUGUGGCAAAGAAUUCCAAACAUUUGUGCAAUCAAUAAAAAUAAAGGAUCUAGUUCUGAUUGUACUACUACUCCCAAUCCUGAUGAGUCUGGGCAUAAAGUCAGGGUGAGAAGUGACGCUCCUACGGCUGCGGGAGCAGCUGUUGAAGCACCAAAUCAAGAAGGUUUCAAUGCAGCAACAUGUUCCGACGGUUACCAUUGUACACAAGUCCUUGAAGGACAUUCAGGUUCCGUUUUAUGUUUGCAAUAUAUCGGGAAUUUGCUGAUCAGUGGUUCCAGUGAUACAACAGUUCGUUUAUGGGAUUUAUCCACUGGAUGUUGUUUAAAUGUUAUCAAUCAUCAUGCUGAAGCUGUGCUACAUUUACGGUUUCGCAAUAAUAUUCUAGUAACAUGUUCAAAAGAUCGCAGUAUUGCAGUAUGGGAUAUGGGUCCUUGGCCAAAAGAUGUUCAAUUACGUCAAGUUCUUGUUGGACAUCGAGCUGCUGUUAAUGUUGUUGAUUUCGAUGAUAAGUACAUUGUUUCAGCUAGUGGUGAUCGUACAAUCAAAGUUUGGGCUACGGAUACAUGUGCUUAUGUGCGUACAUUGACAGGUCAUCGUCGAGGUAUUGCUUGUUUACAAUAUCGUGAUCGAUUAGUGGUUUCCGGAAGUUCCGAUAAUACAAUCCGUAUUUGGGAUAUUGAGACUGGUGUAUGUUUCAGAGUUCUUGAAGGACAUGAAGAACUAGUACGGUGUAUCCGCUUUGACUCUAAACGUAUUGUGUCAGGUGCAUAUGAUGGAAAAAUUAAAGUUUGGAAUUUAAAAGCUGCACUCAAUCCUCGUUCUAAACCAAAUCAAUUAUGUAUUCAUACAUUACAACAGCAUACUGGUCGUGUGUUUCGUUUACAAUUUGAUGAUUUUCAAAUUGUUUCAUCAUCACAUGAUGAUACUAUUUUAAUAUGGGAUUUUGCACGACCAGCUACUGGAAGUGAAGAACGUGAUGAUGGAUUUGAUGAUGGAAUAAAUGCUGCAUUAGCAUCACAAAAUAAUUGUCUCUGUUCAUUAAGAUCAGCUGCUGUACAAUGUCAUGUACAAUCAGAUAAUAAUAUUAAUACUGGAGGUGGAUGUAGCAGUAGUAGUCAUACUAAUACUACUAAUAAUAAUAAUAACAACAACACAAACGACAAAAAUAACUUAACACUUGUCUCCAUUGAUAACAAGAAUAGUGUUACUGCUUCCAAUUCCACUACUACUAUUACUAAUGCUAACAUCACCACUAUUACCACAUCUACUAUUAGUGGUAAUAAUAAUCCUAAUGAUAAUUUCAGCAAUUCUAAUAAUUCCAUUAUGAAUCCAUCCAAAUCUAGUUUUAUCUCAUCAACUAAUAGAAAAAUUUAAAGAGAAAAACAAAUUAAAUUGGUAUCAACUCACCAAUAUUUCACAUUUAUCAUUAAUUCUAAUUUAACUUGCACAGUAAUUUCUUCUUCUUAUUUUCUGUCUCUUCUCUCGAUGUUCAUGUUUCUACUAUUCAUGUUUAUCUUUGAAUUUGACGAUGAUGUUGAGUAUUUAGUUAUUUUUACUCAUAUAUAUAUAUAUAUAUAUAUCGGCCUAUUGUUACUGUUAUCAAUAUUAUUACUGUUACUUUCGGUUGUGUUAUUUUACAACUUCUCGGUAAAAUGAUUAGUCAGAACAUG